AUGCCCAUGGACGAGCGUGAGCUUGGGCAGCGCGUCAAGGCGCUCACCAAGUGUGUCGCUGCGAACGAGCCUGCGGAGAACGUCAUUAAGAUGCUCGAGACUCUAAAAAAGGAUGCUUCUCCUACUGAGGAGAUGCUAAGGGCUACAAAGGCUGGUGUCUUUGUCGGCAAGCUUCGCUCAAAUCCCAACAAGGAGAUCGCCCGUGCCGCCGCCGAACUCGUCAACAAAUGGAAGAAGCUGGUCGAACAGGAGAAGAAUUCAAAAAAGGCAAAGGUCGGCUCAGGAUCGCCAGCUCCAGCUCCCGCGUCAGCUCCCGCAUCAUCGCCUGCCCCUCCUUCGUCCGCUGGAGGUGCCGGAGGCAAAUACAAGGGCGAUAUCGAGAAGCGCAAGUACGAGACCGACAAUGUCCACGUCAAGCGCACCGAGUCGAGCGUCCGAAACUCUUGCAUUGGCCUUAUCUACAACGGCCUGGCUUAUCGAUCGACGGCAUCCGAGAACGACGUCAUAACAAGAGCUGUCGCUGUUGAGCUUGCCGCCUUUAAUAAGUUUAAGGGCGAGACUCCCGACUACAAGAAGAAGAUCCGAUCACUUUUCACCAAUCUCAAGAACAAAUCCAACCGAGAACUUGGCCGCAGCGUCUUGUCCGGCGAGAUCUCCCCUGAAAAGUUCGUCGUCAUGACCGAUGAUGAGCUCAAGAGCGAGGAGCAGCGCAAGAAGGAGGUCGAGCUGGAGAAAGAGAACAUGAAGAAGGCUCAGGUGCCUCAGGAGCAGAAGAGUAUCAGUGAGAGUCUGGAGUGCGGUCGCUGCAAGAAGAAGCAGGUCAGCUACACACAAGCCCAGACCCGAGCUGCUGAUGAACCUAUGACGACCUUUUGCGAGUGCAUGGCUUGCGGAAACCGUUGGAAGUUUUCUUAG